UUUUUUUUCAUAAUUUUUUAAAUUCAUUUCUAAUUUUUUAAACAUUUUUAUUUUAAUUAAAAAAUUUUAAAUUAAAUUAUUGUUUUAAACAGAUAAUGCGAUUAAUGGUUGGUUUUGGACAUAUGACUUGUUUAAUUAUAAAUUUUCUCAACUAUUUGAAAAGUAGUAGAAUAGGAGGAAAACUGGUGAAGACGUUGAGUGGGCUUAGGGCCCAGGCUUUGAGGCAGAUUAUAACCAAACCGAUGCUUUAGUGUUAGAUGAGAUUAAGAAUUUGAGCGAGAAGAUGGAGGGACCUCCGGUGAACGACUGCUGCUCUAUUUGCCAUGGAAGCUUCAACGUUCCUUGCCAAGCCAACUGCUCUCAUUGGUUCUGCGGCAAUUGUAUUAUGCUUGUUUGGCAUCAUGGAUCCUCAUUUCACCCAUGUAAAUGCCCCCUGUGUCGACGUCACAUCACUUUGUUGGUUCCUAGUGAGGCCUCUUUAAGGGAGCGUCAUAACUCAGCAGUCGCUGAGGUUCUGGAAAAGGUUGAAAAAUACAACCGAUACUUUGGUGGACAAUCCAAUGGUCUCAUUCAGAGACUACAAGACCUUCCUUUCCUGCUUCGCAGGUUGUUACGAGAAAUGACAGAUCCUCAGAGAUCUCUUCCUCUUGUCAUCAAAGCUCGUGUAUAUCUUGCAAUGUUCUUAAGUGCCAUCUACAUAUUCAGCCCCAUAGACAUUAUUCCUGAAGCAAUCUUGGGGAUAGUUGGCCUCUUGGAUGAUCUUCUUAUAGUUCUCGUCUGUUUUCUCCAUGUUGCUGCCAUCUAUCGGUCUGUUCUCUACUAUCGUCAUGGAGGUUCUUGAAGUUUACUAGAGCAUUGAUAUAGGUUAUCGUCUGCUUACUGAAAGUUGUUGUGAACCAGACUAGAGGCCUGAAUGUGCACCACCACUAAAACCUUGAAUGGUCAGUUGAAUGUAUUGUUUAUCAUGUGUUCCCCCCUGCUUCUUACCUUGAGUGGUCAAUUUAUGCUGUUUAAGAUCAGUUCUCUGUGCCAAACCUCGAUUGGUCUUCCCUGCUUAAAAUCUGACUCAUAGACUUACAACGUUGGUGACCCAACAACUGUAACAUAGCCUUCAGAUUUAUUGAAAACUUCUUAUGCUC